AUGGACAUGCUGGCAGGGUUUGUUUACCAUUGCCAUGACAACACAGUGAAGUUCUUCCAUCCUGCUUUUAGAGAAUGGUUGAUUCACCGGGAUGAGGGCGACUCUCCAAAGUUUCUCUGUGAUCUCCGCCAUGGGCAUGCUUUAAUGGCUUUUCGACUAUCCAGAGUUUCUGCACCGUUGCCCUCGGACAAAACCAUAGAGCUUGGCCAUCACAUUCUCAAAGCUCACAUUUAUAAAUCGGUGAGUCGCCAGCUUGGCUAUUCAUCUCAAAGUGUUCAGGCUUACUGGAUGUGUCUUAGCUCUCACAGUUUGAAUGCUGCCCUGGUGUCUCACAGAAAUGUAUACUCUCCUAAUGUGAAGGUUAGCCGACUGAUACUUAUGUCGGGCGGAAACCCAAAUUCACGAACUGAAUAUCUGGGCAAUGCACCCAUCUUGUGUGUUGCCGCCAGGGAGGGAUAUAUCGACAUGUUGUCCUUAUUACUGGAGUUUGGUGCCGACCCCAAUAUGACCUCUGACACUGGGAUGAGCCCAUUGUGUCAUGGAGCUGCUGGAGGUCAUGUGGAGGUCAUGAGGAUGCUAUGUCUGCAUAACGCACGGCCAUCAGCCCAGGAUGUACAGGGGCACAGUGCUGCCAUUCAUGCUGUCCUUCAUGGACAGCUAGAGGCUGUCAAGUUUUUUAUGCAUCUUAACUGGACCGUCCAGCCAAAUGAGAUAACAAAAGAUGAAGUUAUCACUCAAUGCUUUGUGGCUUCCGCUGCCAUGGGAAACACACAGAUUCUUGAAUACCUUCAUCAGACAUACAACGGGUCAAGGUUAAACAUGGUGGACUCACUACUCUGUGAGACAGCUCUGACUGCUGCCUGCUUGCAUGGGAGAAUUACCUGUGUUCAAUUCCUGCUGGAUUCAGGAGCGGACAUCACAGUUACAAAUGCCAGAUUUUUCACCCCUUUGUUGUGUGCUGCCAAAUGUGGACACCGGGAAGUCUGUGAAUUAUUGGUGGCUAGUGGUGCAGACCUACAAAUAACUGAUCAUCAUGGCUGCACACCACUCAUGAUGGCUGCGAGGGAGGGACAUACAACAGUGUUAGCUUUCUUGCUAGAUAAAGGUGCUAACCAGAUGACCACAGACAAGCAAGGAUUGACCGCUUUAUGCUGGGCAUGUUUGCAAGGACACCUGCCAGUUGUGGAGUUACUGGUAAACCAUGGAUCCAAUGUCAACCAUUCUGAUGUGAAUGGCCGUAGUCCCUUACACCUGGCAGCCAUGUACGGUGAUGUCAGUGUUGUGCAGUUCCUGAUAGAUCACAAGGCUCAGAUUGAACACACUGACCUCAACGGCAUGCGGGCCCUGGAUUGUGCCAUUUUCUAUAACAACAUGGCCGUCAUCAUCUGCUUUCUGAGAAAAGGCGCAAAAUUAGGUCCACACACCUGGGCCCUGGCUGCUGAAAAAAUGGAUGUUUUGUUGUUACUGCUGAAUAAGUUAACAGAAGAUGGCUGCAUUCUCUACAAGAAAAAUCGGAUCAAGGAAGCAAGCCAAAGAUACCAGUAUGCUCUGAAAAAACUGCCCACAACUGUAAGACCAGAGGAGGUUCAGACUUUUCAAGAAUUAAAACUCAGUUUUCUCUUGAAUUUGUCCAGGUGUAAACGCAGGAUGAAUGAGCCACAGUGUGCUAUUGAUUUAGCCACCAAGGCCAUGGAAUUGAGGCCCAAAUGUUUUGAGGCAUAUUAUGCUAGAGCCAGAGCUAGGAGAGACAACAGGCAGUAUGCUGCUGCACAGCAGGACCUGGUGGAAGCUCUCCAACUGGCACCCAAGAACAGAGAACUUCAACGCCUGUUGACUCGAGUCAAGGAGGAGUGCUGGGAGCAGAUGGCUCGCUAUGAAAGUGGUGGAGGCAAGAACUUAGAGUUGGACAGAAUAGCUGAAGAUGACAAUGAUUCUCUGACUGUGGACAAUCCUGGGUUAUAUCUGCCUGCAGUAUGA